AUGGCCAUAUUCAAGUUCGCUGCCGGCCUUGUCGGCGCCAUUGGCCUUCUCAAAGUCGCCAAUGCCCAGCAGUUUCGCAAUGAGGACCUCAUCCUCUGCGAUUGCGGAAUCGGAGACAACCCUGACCAGCCUGAUUGGUCCACCUCUCGCCAGAUGAACUGGUACCAGGACAUCGUUUGGCCCAGUUCCGCCUACAAGUACCCUGACGCCCCCGAUAUGGCUGUCGAGAUCCCUUUCAAAGAAGGCUGGUACCCCUGGGUUCCCUCUGGUGCAACUGCUACUAUGCCUAACGGCGACGUCUGGACUGCGUACAUCGAGGAUGGUACUCCCGACGGCUUCAAGGCCGGAAGUGCCGUCACUACCAAAGACAGCGGUCAGAUCCUCAACUGCUGGGCCUACCGUGGUCGACCCGUCAGUGCUGCCAUCAACAAGACCGUCAAUCACGAUGCCAUCUGCUGGAGUGCCUUUGUUUGCAACCGGGACAACUACCCGCCCCCUCGCCCUGAGGACAUGGGCUCGCAGACUUCAACUCUCAGCACAUCCCCUGCAGCCCCUUCUACUACCUUCUUCUCUCAGCCCCCGACCACAGUUACUUCUACCCCGAGCAAGGGUGGCCAACCUGUGCCAACCUCCCGACCCCAUACUGGCCAGCUCGCUGUAUAUGCCACCGUCAGCCCUCGUUUCAUCAAUUGGCAAAGCACCUGGGAAGCAUUUAUCAAUAACUUUGUUUGGGAUCAGACUACUGGUAACUGCGUCGGCGGUCCUAUCAAGGGACAGGGCUAUACCAUCAACGUUGAAUGUGCGGGUGUCAAGGUUGACGAGGACACCCACAUGACACUUUUGCUCAUCAAGGCCCUCCGUGACGUCGGCCUCAAGAGUCUCUGGUUCAACCAGAACCCCGUCAUCCCUGGAAUCAACGGGACCGGGACCAACGUCACUGCCCCCAGCUGGGUGGUCAUGCCGGAGGCUUUCACCGUCAGAGCCACAGAUGCGUCGACUCGAAAUGUCGUCGGCUAUCUGUCAUACAGCACCAAGUAUGACGGGUUCCUCAGCGGCCCAUGCUCGGCCUGCGAAACCGCCCGCUUCAAUUCGGACUUUUUUGACCCCAUCAUCGCCGCGGUCCAGGGCAGUUACCCGGCGUACAACAACUUCACCAUCGAAGCCCAGUGCAGCCCCUGGAUGGCCUGCAACUAA